AUGCCGGGUGUUCGUGACAUCAGCGCGGAGGCGUUCAUCACCGCCUACUCGUCCCACCUCAAGCGCUCGGGCAAGCUCGAGGUCCCCACGUGGGUCGAUAUCGUCAAGACGGGCAACUUCAAGGAGCAGGCCCCCUACGACCAGGACUGGUACUAUGUCCGCGCCGCUGCCGUAGCCCGUCACAUCUACCUCCGCAAGGACGUCGGUAUCGGUGCGCUCGCCCGCCUCCACGGCGGCCGCAAGCGCCGCGGCAACCGCCCCUCGCACCACGGCGACGCCUCGCGCGCCGUCCAGCGCAAGGUCUGCCAGAGCCUCGAGAAGAUCGGUGUCCUCGAGCAGACUGAGAACGGCGGCCGUCGUAUUUCUCAGGAUGGCCAGCGUGACCUCGACCGUAUCGCCACUGCUGUCGUUGAGCAGGAGCGUGAGGAGGAGGAGGAGGAAGAGGAGGAAGAGGAGGAGGCUGCUGAGGAGGAGGAGGAUGAGGAGUAA